AAACACGCGAUGUUUGAAAAAACACCAACGCAUCUGUCCUGAACGCUGGAGUUAACUGUUUAGGUUUCAGCAUCAGUUUUGCCGGGCACCACAGCUAGAUAGCACUAUUAUCUAUAUCGUGGUCCGACGAGGGAGUUUAAUUGCUAAAAGAGUGGAGAUGCAGCCUGCAACAGCUAAGUGGUAUGACAGACGGGACACUGUUUUUGUAGAGUUCUUUGUGGAGGACAGUAAAGAUGUGAAAGUAAAUUUUGACAAGUUCAAAGUUGACUUCUGCUGUGUCAGUGGAUCAGAUAAUAUCAAACAACAGAACACAGUGGAACUUUUCGAAGAGAUUGACCCCAAAGAAUCCAAACACAGACGAACUGGCAGAUCUGUGUUGUGUUGUUUACGAAAAGCAGAGGCUGGCAAAUCAUGGCCACGACUUACCAAAGACAAGACAAAGUGCAACUGGCUGGGUGUGGACUUCAGUAAUUGGAAAGACUGGGAGAAUGACUCGGAUGAGGACUUGUCUAGUUUUGACAAAUUCUCAGAGAUGAUGAACAGCAUGGGAGGGGAUGAUCUACCUGAUUUAGAUGUCACAGGAGAAGAGCAUGAACAUGGAGACAGCGACGAUGAAAAAUUGCCUGACCUUGAGUAGAUCAACAUGGAUGCCACCUCAGUAGUAAACAAAGUGAGUUAUAAAGUUGGUUGAAGAGAGAGACGAGACAUGAGUUGGCAGCCAUGUUGGGAAGAGAUCUCAUCUCUACGCAGUUUCCAAAGUGAAACCCCUCAAGGGAGGGAAAGUGAGUGACUGUUAGAUACAGACAUGCACAGAGAUCCAUAGCGACAUACAGUGCUGUGCUUUGCUGUUCUGUUCUGCAUGGACAAUUCUGUUCAAAUGAAAAUGUUAUUGUUCAUUGACUUAAACGACUGUAAUGGGAUGUUCUGAUGUCUUACACCUUCUCUCUCUCUGUUUUUUUGCAAUGUCAGGUUAUGUAUUGAACAUUGUGAUUUCUAAUGACAGAAAAAAACACACUCAAAAUGCCUAUUUUCCAAAAAAGUAGAUUUUUUUAAUGACAGAUUUUCCCCUUUUAAUGUUUGUAUUGUAAAAUGCACUUAUUUUGUUUGUUAAUUUAAAAAGCAGGAGUUCCGCUUGAAAUAAGUUUUCUGAUGUAUGCCAACAUCUGCAAAUAUUUAACAAUAACUUCAUUUUUUUAAACAUACUUCAGCAUUUAAAAUAAACAGAUAUGCUUGUGCAACUUGCAGCUUGUGUUGAGAUUAUGGAAGUGGAGUGGUACAAUCUUUGCAUAUAAUCAUACCUUUGCUAAGGUGAGUUUGUUUCUCUAUGUGUACUAAACAUUGCACAUUGUAGCAGGUACAAAGAUUAAUUUUCUUCCAUGUGCGUACUGAGGCGAGGGCAGAAAGCCUGUAUAGUCUACCAAGAGUUUCCCAAAUAGUUUAACCAAUACAGGUUCUAACUGUUUGUUAAUCAGAUACACUAGAACUUUGCUUUGGCAGCUUGUGUAUUUGAUUCAACAGAUGUUGGAACACUUUUGCGUUUGUUUUAUGCUGUGGGAGUUUAAGUAUACAUUUCUAAUAAACUGUUUCAGACUGUUGAAUACAA